AUGAAUAAAGCAACAGUUGUCUACCUUUCAGGUCAGUUUGCUUGCAUGAUGGAGGGGCCUCCAAUGGCAGAAGGGGUUGUGAUGUCAACGGCACAUAAUGGUAUAACUGUUCAGAUUAUACAAAGUACUGCAGGUGACCUCCCCACUCAUGGAACUCCUCUUAUUCAGGAUCUGUAUCAUGAUGAACCAGGGGUUGCACAAACCCUCUUAGAUAUAGCACAACCAGGACUUGUUUCGGAGGACCAGCAGGUGGUUGAUUUGGGGCAUGUAGAUGAAGCUGCCCAGCUACAAGAUCCUAAUGUUAAAAACGAUGAGACAAGUGAUAGGGGAGCAGGUGGUGAUGUUCCUAUGGAAGAUGAUGAAACUGUCUUAGAAAAUGAAAAACAACAAGUGGCAAAUGAUUUAAGAUCCCAAAUAGCUGAACUAUGUCAUCAACUGGCAGAUUUAGGUGAGGAAUGUUUCCUACUGUCCUUGAGGGUAUCAGAUGGUACCUGCCAUCAUGUUGGCUCUAUUAAGGGAGAUCACUUUUGUCUCUUACGACAAGAAAUUGCUAAAGACUUUCACAACUUCUGUUUUGGAAUAGAAGAUCUGCGAGCUGAAGAGGAAGAAGACUUUCAGGACAUGCCAGAUGAUAUAGAAGCUGAUAACCAAUUAGAUGAUGAUGAUGAUGGUAUAUCUAACCAAUUAGAUGAUGAACAACAAGAGCUCAUGGAUACUGAGAGUAUUACAGAUAAGUCAAAAUCAUCACCAGUAAAGCCUAAAAUAAUUGUGAUCAAAAAGACGGCAGAUGGUAAAAGUACAGAAGUAGAUCACCAGUAUGUUACAACUGUAAAGAAAGAACCCAUUCCAGCAGUCAAACAACUGAGGCAACACAAACUGAAAGAACAUGACGAAAGUGACUUUGAGUGUGAACAUUGUCCCAGGGUUUUCUCAUUAAAGAAAACACUUGAACGCCAUCUAGUGGAUGCCCAUGCAGAGGGGGAGGAUCAUAAACAUCUGUGUGAUACAUGCGUUAUCAAUUUUAAGAGUAAAGAGGCACUUUAUCAGCAUAUAGAAAUGAACCACAAUAGAGAAAAUCCUAUGAAAUGCGAUGUCUGUGAACAAACUUAUGAGGAUAUUCAACAUCUGAUGGAGCAUAGGAAGAUUCACUUUGACUAUGUAUGCUUCUGUAACAAAUGUUGGCAAGGUUUCUUUGAUUACCUGGAGCUGGAAGCACAUGUACAGUCAAACUGUAGAUAUAAAGAAGCGUUGUUCAAAUGUGACAUCUGUGGAAAGAAGUUUACUAAACUGGGAAGUAUUGGCAAGCACAUUGACACCCAUCCUGUACAUUCUCCACAUGUUUGUAGAAUGUGUGGUCGUGGCUUCGAAUCGGAGAAAGAGCUGAAAUACCAUAGAAGUGGUGCACAUAUCAUCCGACCAUAUAAAUGUGAAUUUUGCGAUAAAACCUUCAAGAAAAAAGAAAGUUUGAUUGAGCAUCGUCGACUUCAUAUCCGCAUUCCAAACAUGCCUGUUCAUCGGGAAAUGGUUAUGUCAGCAGGUGGUAGUAAUGAGUUUGUUGAUGUAGUAGAAGAUGAAGAUGAGAGUUUUGGGGAGAAGUUUGAGUGUGAGAUGUGUGGUAUAGUUCUUAACACACAGAGUUUACUAGAUCAGCACAAACACCAACACGAGACUGCUACAGAGCAGUACAAGUGUGACCUCUGUAGUAAAAUAUUCUUCUCCCUCGAUCUCCUGAACAUUCACUGUAAGAGAGAGCAUAAGGUCAUCCUGAACCCUAAGAAUGAUGGACAAAAUUUAGAUGUAAAUGAUGCAGAGAUGUGUGAGUGGGAAGGUUGUAACAAGACUUUCUAUGACAGGACAAAGUUACGUCAGCAUCUGAAGUACCAUGAGCAACGUGCAGACAAAAUUGCGCGUGGGAUUAAUGUGCUAGGCAAGAAAUCCUCUACAAGAUGUGAAGUAUGUGGAAAAGUUCUGAAGUACAAAAGUUACUUGAAGGCCCAUAUGCUGAGUCACUACAAGGAGCAUCCUUAUCAAUGUGAGAUCUGCGGACAAGCUUAUCCCAACCCUAAACGCUUAGAAGAUCAUGUCAGAGUACAUAAAGGUGAGAAGCCAUUUAAAUGUCGUGUAUGUGAGAAGAGUUUUACAUCAACUGCUCUACGUAACCAGCAUAUGGUGGUUCAUUGGGGACAUAAGACGUAUAUCUGUGACGUAUGUGGUAAAGGAUUUAUGAGUCGUAAACAUUUUAAAGAUCAUAUGAGAAUACAUGACGGAGAGCAACCUCACAAAUGUGAAACCUGCGGCAAAGAUUUCAUCUACUACAGGAGUUUAGUUCGACAUAUGCUUGUGCACAUAGACCCUAGAGAAAGACCAAAACCAUAUAAAUGUGAAUAUUGUAACAAGGAGUAUACAGAAGUGACUGGCUUUAAACAUCAUAUGAGAGCUGUUCAUACAGGUGAAACACCAUUCCAGUGUGACAUAUGUGGCGAGUCAUUUCAUCGUAAUGAUAAAUUGAAACGUCACAUUAAGUCUCGUCAUCACGUUGCCAAAGGCAACAAGGAGUUAAUAGUGACAACAAGACGAGCAUCACACGGAUUUCCAGUCAUUGUGAAAGCUGAGAAUGAACAUCAGGAAGAUUUACUAGAGAUUGUGGAGGGAAAUGAAGUAGAGGGAGGACAAAAUGAGCUACAUGUAGAUGUAAUCCAACAAGAAAAUGAUGGGCAACAACAAGUAUACCUUAUAGGCUUAGGACAAGGAGGAGAGGCAGCCUAUUUACAGGAAACACAAGUGAUUGAAGGUCCUGAUGGCACAAGAUAUAUAAUAGCAGGAUCAGGCGAGGAACUACAAGUUAUUGAGUCUUCUAACUUACAAGUUACUGAGCAUGUUCAGGAGGGUGAGAUUGUAGAGGGAGGAGUUAUACAGCAGAUACAACAAGUGGAACAUAUAAAGGAUUCUAGUAGUGGAAAUAUUUUGGUCAUGAAUGAUGGUGAAGAACAGACAUUAAGUACAUUAGCAAACAUGGCGAGUGAAGCUUCAGUGGUUAAAUUAGACUAGAAUUCUAUCAUCAUGGUUAUUUUUUGACAAGUUUUAAAUGGUUAUUUGUUUAAAGAACAUGUUAAUUUUUAGCUCGACUAUACGAAGUAUAUGAAGAGCUGUCCUACUUGCUCCGGCGUUGGCGUCCAGAUUUCAGAUUAAAGUUUUGGUGCAGUAAAAUAUUUUUCACUAUAACUUUGUCAUUUCUUAAGGUAUCAACUUCAAACUUCAAAUAUAUGUUCCUUAUAAUUCAAGAUUUAUCACCCCUUGAACUUAGAAUUUUCCUUAAAAAUAAUAUUUUUUACUGUUACUUCUUUAUUUCUUAAGGGAUCACCCUCAUACUUCAAAUAUAUGUACCUUAUCAUCAUCCCCAUCUUAUGUGACAAGGUUCGUAACUCUAGCACAAAUAAUUUCAGAUUUAUCUCCCCUUGAACUUAGAAUUAUCCUUUAAAAAAUAUUAUUUUUUACUGUAACUUAUUUAUUUCUAAAGGGAUCAACUUCAUACUUCAAAUAUAUGUACAGUCAACUAUCGUUAUCUCGACAUCGCUUUUCUCGAUAUUUCGUUAUCUCGAUCAUAUUUUGAAAGUCCCGAUUUUCUUCUUGCUUUAUCUAUAUUGGAAAUAUUUGUUUAUCUCGAUAUUUUUAUUUCGAUAUUUUCAGUAUCUCGAUGUAAAAUUUCAGCCCCAACAAUUAUUUUCACACUAUUUUCUUUUGUUUAUCUCGACUAAUAGUUUUCUUUCUUCUGUUCCCUUCAGACGUGUGAAAAACACAAACAAGACGAUAAUUGCUCAAUAGCGCGUGUCAUAAUGAUGAUUAUGUUUGUAAUAAGUUAAGCUGUUUUUAUAAAAGUUAUUUAGCGUGUUGAUUGACUUAUGUCCAAAAUGAGUGAAUGUUACAUUCUUUAUAAAUAUACGAACUCUGUAUCAAUCAAUUAGGACUUUAAAAUGUAAAUAAAAUAGUGAAAGAAUAGAAACGCUAUCGUUGCAAUAUAGUUUUACAACAUCACCACUAAAUCAAUCAGCGGUCGAACAAUCUCGAGAAAGACCCGAUAAAUACCGAGGAGAAUAUCCGGAUCAACCACCCUGAAAACAAUGUUUACACUACAUUGGUGUAUUACUGAGUAAACCUCACUAUGUGUUUUUAUCACAGACACCCGUAUUUCCGCUGGUAAACAUCAGCUAAUGUUACUGUGUUAAAUAUUGACUAGGCAUAUGAAAGCAAGACAUGGGGAUAUCAUAGUUUAUUUGACAUAAGGUAUGCACAUGUCUUUUUUAAAAAUUAGUUUCUGCCUUACUCAAGCCUAAUAUGUUUAUCUCGACAUUUCGUUAUCUCGAUAUUUUUUGGACGGUCCCGAUGACUUCGAGAUAACGAGAGUCGACUGUACCUUAUCAUCAUCCAUAUCUUAUGUGACAAGGUUCAUAACUCUAGCACCAAUAUUGCAAGAAUUAUCUCCCCAUAAACUUAGAUUUUUUUACUAGAAAAAUGUUAUUUUUUACUAUAACUUUUUUAGUUUUAAAGGUAUCUACUUCAAACUUCAAAUACUUAUUCCUUAUCAUCAAUUACAUUUUAUGUGACCAUGUUCAUAACUCUUGAAGCAAUUUUCACAGAUUUAUCUCUCUUUGAACUUAGGAUUUUCUUGAAGAAAUAUUAUAACUUCUUUACUUUUUAAAGUAUCUACUUCAAACUUUAAAUAUAUAUUUCUUAUCAUAACACACAUGUUGUGUGACAAGGUUCAUAACUCAAGCGUGACUAUUUCUAGAAUUAUUUCCCUGGAUCUUGGAAUUUAUGUUAACAAAUGUUAUUUUUUUUACUAUAACUUAAUACAAUUUAAUACAUAAUUGAUUUUUCUUUCAUAGUUUUGUCCUCCUUACUGUGUCCAGUAUUUUAUCAGUCGAGCUUGGCUGUCUCCUGUGACAGCUCUUGUUAUUAAAUGUUAAAUCUUAUAUUAUUUACAUUAAAAGAAGAGAACAAACAUAAUGAUAUUACCUACAUAUCCGUAGUUACGUACAUAGAGGUAAUUCAUGUUUUUGUGUCGCCUUGAAAAAGUCAACAUGUAAGGUUACUUUUGUUGGCGGGGAUGUCUCGGCAUCCUCAUAGUCUUGCUUCUUGCAUGCUUCUUUCAAUGACCUGAAGGAAUCGAUAUUUUGUACUCCUUAUUUUUAGCUCACCUGUCACAAAGUGACAGGGUGAGCUUUUGUGAUCGCUUUUUGUCCGGCGUCCGUCCGGUGUAUAUCCGUCCGGCGUCCGUAAACUUUUACUUUAAAUGACAUCUACUCAUAAACACUAAGCCAAUUUCAUCCAGACUUCACAAGAAUGUUCCUUUGGUGGUCACCUUUGAAAAUUUUUGUUCACAGAAAUUAAUUCCAUGCAGAACUCUUGUUGCCAUGGCAACCAAAUGAAAAAAAACUUUAAAUAUCUUCUUCUAAAAAAGCCAAAGAGCUAGAGCUUAGAUAUUUGGCAUGAAACAUCUUCUAGUGAGUGUCUACCAAGUUUGUUCAAAUAAAAGCCCUGGGGUAAAAAUUGGCCCCGCCCCAGGGGGUCAUUGAUUUUCCCUAUAUGCAUAUAAUAAAAUCUUAUAAAAUCUUCUUUUAAAGAACCCAAAGAGUUAGAGCUGCGAUAUUUAGCAUGAAACAUUUUCUAAUGGGUGUCUACCAAGUUUGUUCAAAUAAAAGCCCUGGGGUCAAAAUUGGCCCGGCCCCAGGAGGUCAUUGAUUUUCCCUAUAUGCAUAUAGUAAAAAGUAAAAAAAUCUUCUUUGAAAAAACCCAAAUAGCUAGAGUUUAGAUAUUAAGCAUGAAACAUCUUUUAGUGAGUGUCUACAAAGUUUGUUCAAAUAAAAGCCCUGGGAUUUAAACUGGCCUCGCUACGGGGGCCUAUAUACAGGUGAGCGACUUCAGGGCCAUCAUGGCCCUCUUGUUUUAGUUAUUUCCCUUUGUUAAUUUUCAUACUUUAUAACUUUCCGGGACGUUUCAAAUUCUCCUAUAGUAAAAAAAAGCUUUGGACAUGAAACUUCAUAGGAUAAUAGAUUUCAUUUAGAAGAAGUGCAGUGUUUUAAAGCCAGUAGUCUGAACUUCAGGAUUAUUUAGUUAUUGCCAUUUGUUAAUUUUCAUACUUUAUUUUUGUCCAGGCCAAUUCUCCUACACUUUAAAAGCUAUUGACUUGAAACUUCAUAGGAUGAUAGAAUUUAUUGAGAAGAAAGCAUCGCACAAUAACUUAUUCUCUGCACUUAAUGAUGUUUGAGUUAUUGCCCAUUGUUCAUUUUCUUACUUAAUAGGCUUGUUUAUAGCAUAACUUAGUCACUAUAAGUUUGACUCAAAAUUUGGUAUGUAAGUUUUUUCAUUGCUCGAAAAUCCAUCAGAGAGUUUUUCAUUUAAUUUGUCAGUGUAAAACUUUUCCAUGGUUUUUAUACUCCCCCAAAAAUUUCGGGGGAGCAUAUAGUCGUCAGGUUGUCCAUCAGUCCUUCCGUACGUAUGUACGUCCCGAAUUUGUGUCCGGCCCAUAACUUUGUUAUUUGAAGUCAGAUUUUGCAACUAUUUAACAGAAAUGAUCAAAUUAUUGAGACAACAUGUCACACGCAACAUUUGGGUGGCUACCUUGAAGGUCAAGGUCACAGCAUGACCUUGCAGCAAAAUUGUGUCCGGCCUAUCACUUUGUUAUUUGAAGUCAGAUUUAACAACUAUUUAACAGAAAUGAUCACCACAUUAAGAAGACGUGUAGCGCAUACCUUGAAGGUCAAGGUCACAGCAUAACCUUGCGGCAAAAUUGUGUCCGGUCCAUAACUUUGUUACUUGAAGUUGGAUUCGCGCGCAAUAUUUGGGUCGCUACCUUGAAGGUUGUGGUCACAGCAUAACCUUGCAGCAAAAUUGUGUCCGGCCCAUCACUUUGUUAUUUGAAGUCGGAUUUUACAACUAUUUUACAGAAAUGAUCACCACAUUGAGAAGACGUGUAGCGCAACAUUUGGGUUGCUACCUUGAAGGUCAAGGUCACAGCAUGACCUUGCAGCAAAAUUGUGUCCGGUCAAUAACUUUGUUACUUGAAGUUGGAUUUUACAACUAUUUAACAGAAAUGAUCACCAUAUUGAGACGACGAAUCACACGCAAAUUUGGGUCGCUACCUUGAAAGUCAAGGUCAUAGCAUGACCUUGCAGCAAAAUUGUGUCCUGUCCAUAACUUUGUUAUUUGAAGUCGGAUUUUUCAACUAUUUUACAGAAAUGAUCACCACAUUGAGAAGACAUGACGCCUGCAACAUUUGGGUGGCUACCUUGAAGGUCGAGGUCACAGCAUGACCUUGCUUUAAAAUUGUGUCCGGCCCAUAACUUGGUUAAUUGAAGUUGGAUUUUAAAACUAUUUCACAGAAAUGAUCACCAUAUUGAGACGACAUGUGGUGCGCAACAUUUGGGUUGUUUUUUAACUUCAAACUUUGUCUGUGACAUAACUCUGACACUAUAAAAAGUAUAGCUUCCUGUGUCCAAAACCUAUUCGGGGAGCAUCUACCGGUUCAACCAGGUCUUGUUUUAUUUUUGAUAAUAUAACAGUUUUAUUAAUCUUGAUGUAACAUCAUUACAAUCAGCUAAAAUGCCACUAAAAUUACAUGUACAUCACAAGAGUAGUGUUUGUAAAUAACCUAUAUUUAAGAAGAAAAUGCCUAACUGACAGCUAUACUGUUGACAAGGCAACAAAUCCAACUCGCAGAGUUCUAGUUUCUAUGAAAAUAUGAUUUAUUUUCAUCGAGAGAUAUGAAAAUAAAAUUAAUAUUUUUAUAAGUGAAUGUAUAUUUUAUGAAAAUAAAUCCUGUCUUGUAGAAAAUUUUCAGGAAAUUUUCUGUUUAUUUAAUUAUCACCUUACAAUUCAAAAGGUUUCUCCUUUAAUGUUGUGUACUGCCUGAAUUUAGAAGAAAGUAGUCUGGAAUUAAACGCAUUUUAUUUCAUCAAUAUUUCAUUUAAAAGUAUUAUAAUAAAACCUGUUAUCCUUACUUAAUCAUUUGUGAAAAAAUAAGCCUAUUGUUAUGUAAAUUGACAAUGUAAAUGUUAAAAUCAUACUAUGUUUGUUGAUUAUCAUUUAUAACAGUAUAAAAUAUGGUGUAUUAAUUUCAAAUGUAUAUUUGAUUUUGUGAUUACAUAAAUUUAUACUGA